AACCAGGCCGAUUUGGUACAUACAUACAUUUUUUUCUUAAAAUGGUCCUAAGAACACAACCAUAACCUCAAAACGAGGGGCCAUGGAAAUCGUAAUCGUUCCCCGAAUUGUUGCGCCCUCUUACAGUAGAAAAGGAAACUUGAGAUCUGGUUAAGUUUCGCGAAUGGAUUUUGAAUCUAGUGGCUAUAUAUUCAGAGGUCAAAGCACGGAGUAGGAGUGUGUCAGUCCUAGAUGCUGUGAUGGAUGAAGUUUCAUCAAAUGACCUGAGAAGUGGGGAAAGUGGAGGGACACUAAUAUGUGCUGGAUGUCUCAACGCAAUUGAUGAAGAUGAAUUUAUACAGGCACUAAAUCAAGAGUGGCAUAUAGAUUGUUUUCGGUGUUCAGCAUGUGAUAUUGGUUUGUCCUCGUGGUAUUUUGAAAAAGAUGGCUUACUCUUUUGUAAGGAUGAUUAUUGGGCUGCUUAUGGAGAAGCUUGUCAGGGAUGCGGUCAAAUUAUCACAGGUCCUGUCAUGCUGGCGGGAGAUCACAAAUUUCACCCAGAAUGUUUUGCCUGUAAUUCUUGUGGUGCUUUCAUCGGAGAUGGAGAAAGUUAUGCUCUUGUUGAAAGAUCUAAGCUGUAUUGUGGAUGUUGUUACAAAAGACAGAUGCAGCCAAUUAAUAGGACAGCUAAUUAUCCAUUUACCAGAAAGCCUCAUAGUAUCAGAUUAGUAGAAAUACCUCCGAGCGGUUCUGAUCCAGAAAAACAGAGGGGAAUCAAGUUGACAUUAGACACAACACCUAGUCCUAGAAAUUGUGGUGCUUUGCUUCGUAUAUCCGAGUUAAUGAGAAAUGUUCGUGGAAAGAUCAGUAAGCUGCUGGCCUCUGUGAUGGAGGUUCUAUUUAGGCUAUGCUGCCACUUCUCUAAUCAUAGAUUGAAUAUAUCCAGCGAUCUCAUAUCUCUACAUAUUGGUGACCGAAUACUUGAGGUGAAUGGUACUCCAGUAAAAGAUCAGCCUAUAGAAAACAUUGAAAAUCUUAUCCAAUAUUCAGAUACAGUUCUACAGUUGACCAUCGAACACGAUCCAGAUGCGGUAUCACGACAACCAACGUUUUCCUCGCCAUCUGCGGCAAUGUUGACGUCGAUCGCAAAUCCAAGAACGAGUCCCGAAAAUAAAGAGCGUUUAUUUAAACGUCGCGAUGAGGGUUAUAUUAGUGGAACACGAAGCAGACAGUUGCGGAGGACGAGAGAUCCUAUGCAUAAAGAACGCAGUAGUUCCAUGUCGCGGUUACUUGAUGGAUCUUCGCCAACAAAUGCUACAUGCGAUUUAAGCAGAACUAGAUCCUUUCGUGUAGAACCAAAGAAUCAAAGAAUAUUCCGUGCCAGUGAUUUAGUGAAGGGUGAGCUUUUAGGCACAGGAUUUUUCGGCCAGGUUUUCAAAGUUACACAUAGGGAUACUAACGAGAUCAUGGUGCUAAAAGAAUUAUACAGAGUGGAUGAAGAAGCUCAAAAGAAUUUUUUGAAGGAGGUUGCUGUAUUACGGUCGUUACAUCACAACAAUGUUCUCCGAUUUAUCGGUGUUCUCUACAAAGACAAAAAGCUUCACCUGGUUACGGAGUAUAUAGCAGGAGGAACUCUAAGGGCUCUACUACACGACAUCAACGAAACCUUGCCAUGGGAACAGCGAAUGUCGUUCGCUAAAGAUAUUGCCGCCGGUAUGGCUUAUCUACAUUCUAUGAACAUUAUACACCGAGACUUAAAUUCGCACAAUUGUCUGGUUCGGGAAGAUAAGACUGUGGUCGUGGCCGAUUUUGGCUUAGCCAGAAUAAUACAAAACGGCAAUUCCCCCGAUAAUCGUAAAUACAACAGACAUUCCGACGGGGAGGCGAAAACGUCGAAGAAAGAACGAAAGAAAAGGUACACAGUGGUAGGGAAUCCUUAUUGGAUGGCUCCUGAAAUGAUGAAGGGUAACAAGUACGACGAAAAGGUUGAUAUAUUCAGCUUUGGUAUUGUCGUUUGUGAAAUCAUUGGUCGUGUACAAGCAGAUCCCGAUUACUUGCCGCGCUCUUCGGACUUUGGUCUGAAUCAGAACGUGUUUAAAGAAAAAUUCUGUGCCAAUUGUCCAGAGAUGUUCUACAUGAUCGCUUUUCUUUGUUGCGAUUUGAAUCCUGAUAAAAGGCCGCCAUUCGAGGUGAUGCAUGUUUGGUUAGAGGGGCUAGCGAUGCAUUUAUCAAUGGGCAUGGAUUUGCCAUCAGACUUGGAGAUUGAUAUUAGAAAUUAUACUGGACCGAGCACGAGUACAAGUGAAUCAACGACUCCGGAGACACUUGCGUCACAGUUAAAGCCUAUUAAGGAAGGCCAGGUGCAUCAGGAAAAGAAACGGUGUAGUGGUUGCGACGAUAGUACGCUAGAACGCGAGGAAACCGUGCAGAGCAUUACGCUUCAGGUACCUGAUGUGAUAAGUACUCGUGGAAGGUACACGAGACAGAACAGCAAAACUAGUGAAUCCUUUGGAAAUACUGGUCGUUAUUCGAGACAGAACUCAAGGUCCAAAGAAACACCGAUUGAAAAGCCAGAUAUUGUUAUUUCUCCGGGAUCCAGUGGGUUUACAGGCUGUUUCCCGAGGCAUAAUACCAAGUCAAAUGAAUCAUCUCCCCACUUUUCAAGCGACAAACAAGACUCAUACGUGAAACGAAACGAUGAAACAGAAUAUAAUUUGAAACGAAUACCAACUAUCGAAAAAAUAAGAUAUGUGGGCAAAGGAAGUCCUUGCUCUUUAUCAGACACACCUGAAUAUAUCAUCGUUAACAAAUCCUCAUACAAGGUGAAUAAUAGUUCACCAGAAAAGUCCAAUGAUCAUAAUUCAGUUAACAGUGGUCAUUCAAGAACAAAACUGGAAAACAAAUUUAAAAUGUUGGAUGCAAACUCAGUUAGCUCUUAUCUUAGGCAAAUUGGAAAAUCCAUAAAUGUUAUAGAGAAAGAGAGCAGCAAGGCUAAUGAUCAGAAUGAUAGCGAUUCAAAGAAGACAUGUGUGGAAAACUCCAAACCGUCUACAGGUUCUUAUUUGAGAAGAACAAAAAUUUCUCCCACAAAAGAAACAUCAAAGAACGCAUUCUCUCCACAGAAAACUUCUCAGUCAUCCGAAGCUGGUACUUCGUUGCAAUCAAAAUUAGCUGUUAAUACGGAAGAAAUCAUUGAAAGUAAAGCUGGAAACGAUAGGGUAACGAGGCAGGAGAGUAACGUUUCAGAUAUCGGCAGUAUUUUAUCCAGGCAAGGAAGCCUCACAGUAUUGGACUGUACAACGAAACACAAAGAUGCAAUGUACAAAGAUUAUUUGCCUUUUAAUACCUUGCAAAAAGACGAUCUCUAUAGAGAGGACAGUCAUAGAAGAAAUGCUGUUCUUCAUUAUACUGAUAACCUUCGUUCCAAUUCGAGUCUUUCUAAGAACGAUGAUCCCCUUACGUGUAAUGCACUGCAUGAAACUAAUGUCGAUGACAAAAAUGACUGUACCACUUCCAUUCAAGAGUCCAUUGAUUCAAAGGAGGCAGUAAUUGAUACAAAGGCAAUGUACGAUAAUAAAUUGCCUAAUUCUUUAACGGAGUACAGUGGAUGUUACAAGAACUUGGAUUUAUGCAGACAGGAUAGUUUUGGUUCAGACAGCGCAGUGGGCACAAUGAAGAGUGAUUUUUUUACAGACUUAGAAUAUAUAAGAGACGGCAGGCAUACACCUGAUUUGUGUCAUACUCCUGAAAGAUGUUGUACACCUAAUAGAGCAGCCUCACCGAUUGAGAGCACAGCUUUGUAAAGUUGUGGCAAGUAACGUGUCAUGUUUUAACAAAAUGAAUCUCUUCCUUUGUUCUCUGACCUUUAUGCAUUUACAUAACUUAAAAUCUGAUAACUUAACCUGUUAACGCAAAAGUAAGUUUCUCUUGGUACCUUGUUACGAUGUUCCAUAACAGCACAUUGAAAAAGUAUUGUUAACAGUUUGAUGUCCAGUAUUAAUGAAUCUCAUUGCGCUAUCACUUUCCAUGGGUUUUAAGGCAUUUAAACGUCACAUUUAGUGGUUGUAUUCAAAUGACUUUUUCACAGAACGAUUCGCAUUCCUGCAAGAUCUUGCCUUGUAUGGUUUUCAUAAGAGGGAAUUUAUGUAAUUAUAAGACUAACAAAAGCAUUCCAUCCAGAAUUGAUAAAACUAAACGCGUGCUUUGAGAAUCAGAGUGUGAAACACUCAGAUUGCGUUACUACUAUGUACAAGAAUCAACAACGUGUUCUUGGAAACACUGAAUUACAGACUACAUCGGUGUAUCUCCGUUUUGUUUUAUUUUCUUCUUAGAUAUACAGGAUUAUAUUUCAAAGUUGUAAACAUUAUGUAAAGUCAGUUUGUAGAAUAGAUUGUAAAAAAAAUUUAUAUUCUUUAUCAAAUAUAUAUGUACGUCAUACUGUAAAAUAUCCACAUAUAACAUGGUGAUGUGCAUGUACAGGUUAUUGACAUGUAUAAACUUGGACUCAUCAAUUAUAUCUUUGUUACUUGUUAGAGAAGACAGAAUUUUAUUUGUUUGAUAUUAAAUUUCCUCUAACAUCUAGUUCUGUCUGAUAUUGUAUAUUGUAAACUGAGGACUACCUUCUGUUUAUUUAUUAUAUCAAUUUGACAAAUUGAUUCUUGCACAUACUAUUACAAAGAUAUAAAUGAUGAUUAAAUAGUAUGAUGUGUAUAAUAUAAAGAAUGUACAUAUAGUUUUGUAUAUAUUAUAUAUUUCAACAUUCGUCAUGUUCAAAACACUGUUUAUAGAACAUACAUAUAUAUUUAACAGUAAAAAGCUUUAUAUUGAUAAUGUAGAGAUGAAAGUUCUUUUGAUACUAUUAAAAGUUGUAUUUUUAUUCGAUUACAUUCUAAUCAUAAGCGAAACGUUCCCUAAUUUUAUUAAAGUACAAUGCAAAAUAGAGUACAGUGUUCAAAAUAAUGAAUUAUAAUUCAAACGAUAUUAAAAAUAUGUUUUAUAAAAAAUGACUGAACAAAAUUUUUCAUGAUAUAUUACAUAG